CGGAGUGCUGGCAAGCCGCUGCGCAGAUGUUUGAGCAGAACCCAACACACGAGGAUUCAGUGACAGAGGAGCAGCGUUUGCGACGUCGUGACAAAUUACGAAGGGUGUCAAGCAAUCAAAAUGUCCUUUGCCAGUGACAGACUUUAUAAUGGAUAUUUGCGGCGGAAUAUGCCGACCAUCGUUAGCAAGGUGAAAGUGAGAGAAAUAAUAACCCACCUUCCUUGCCUGACGACUCAUGACAGGGAAAAUAUAGAGGCAAAACGGGAGUUGUCUGGGAAUUAUGAUGGCAUGGUGCUUCUCCUGGAUUGUCUAAGGAGAAGAGAAAAUUGGCCGGAGCAGUUCAUCCAGGCACUAGAGGCAUGUGAGCAUACAAACCUUGCAGCUGAGAUCAGGCAAGAAUACGACUCUCUGCGAGGCGUUAACAAUUCCAGUUCUGGCUCCGCUCCAACAACUGUCGUCAGGGCUCAUGUCCAUCCGACACCAGCUGCCAAUCACCCGCCCGUUUCUGGAAGCGCCGUAAGUGGUCAGGCCACUAUAGCUCAGCCAGCGGAAACACUUCCAGCUCCUCCUGAGCCAGCUGCUCAGGUCCCACCUCCUGUCAGAACUCCUGCUCAGCAGCAGGUCCCGCAGAUCACAGCAGUCCAGGCUUCAGGGGCUGUUUCCCCACCUGAGCCCAGCCCUGAGCCUCCGCAGUCAACUCAGGAUGAAGUUCCACUUCUUCCUUCCACGCCUCCUCCCUCCCCUGCUCAAGUAGCCGAGCCCCUGCUGCUACAGGAAAAAACUGUUCCUCAGCAGGAGCCAGAGGAAAACUCUGAAUCAGACAUCCGAGAUGCAUCUGGUGAUACUAGUUUAGUCCCAGGAAAUAUGAGCUCAGAAAAGAAAGAGGCUGCUGUCAACGUUGUGACGUCACCUCAGCAGCAGAGUAUAGUCCCACACAGUGAGACAGAGACAUCGCUCAAUCCAGAUCCUCCACAAACAGCAGCCGCCACAAAUGACAAGCAACAGCAGUGUCCAUCUUCAACUCCGAUAAACUCCGAAGUGCCUGAUGGGUCUUCUCUUCUAACUCUGACACCAGUGAAACAUCCAGUCCAGGACACCACUCCACCAGACCACAAAGUUCCUACAGCUGUUCUUCAGCCGGAGAAGAGCCCUGAACGUGCAGCUGCACAGAUUUUUAAAGGUGGACCACAGACUGAAGCUACAGCUUCUACCUCUCCUGAGCUGGGCACCAACAGGAGAGACAAUUUUCAUGAAGAUCGUGAUGAUAACACAGUGUGCCUGAGCAAACCUGGCCACCUCAUCAGCAUCCAGCCAGAUAAUCAUGCCAGUCCUCCAGUCCAGGCAUCCAACUUCCCAUUGCAGCCUUUCUCCGGCAACAGUGAGCGUCUGGAAAUAAGUGAGGCUGCAUCAGACGCAGAGACCCUCCUCCCUGCCUGCACUGCAGUCGGCCCUGAAGUUGAGAAUGCGACUUCGGCACAACCAUGUCAGGAGAGCGGGAUUGCUCCCGACCACAGUGAACCAGAGGAGAAUCAUUACGAGUCUCCAAAUCAGAGCUUUGAAGUGAUGGAGAAUGUAGUACACGUAGCAGAGGCGUCAUCGAUCCUUAACCUAGACGGUCAAGCUCCAGUGCCACAACUUCAAAUUGUCAAUGGAGAACCAGCCAAAGGAAGCUUCGCUGCAGUAUUGCCAUCCAUUAGGGCUGCAGAUGAUACUGUGUCGCGUUUCAACAGCCAUCGCAGUGAGAGCUUUAACCCCCCUGAGCUGGAAGGAGCUGGUUUCUCCUCUGAGCAGAGGCCCCUGCCGAGUUCAGAGAAAACCAAAGGUCCGAACUCCAGUGACGGCCAAUCAACAACAAAGUACAUUCUGAUCGCCACUGGAGUUGGAGUGUUGGCCUGUGCUCUGCUGAUGAUAAGGAAAUGAGGCGAUUUAAUGCUCUUAAAGACAGAGAUUAGGCUGUGAGAAUAGUAGCUGAAAAUCACAGGGGCAUGGUGCCUUAUCAGAAUCCUUGCACUAAGAGGGCGUGGGGCAGCAGUUUAAUAAUUAUCUGUAGUUAUGAUAGCUGACAUGCCAGACCUUUGAUCAUUUCAAUGAUUUCUAUAUGUUGGUGUUCAGCAGUGAAUGACUUUGCCUGUAUGAUAAAAUAACCAAAUCCAAGUUGUUGAUUUUAGUUGGGACACUUCACUGAAGUGAGGUGGCAUCCCAGGUUAUUUCUGAACAUGCUGCAAAUGUGGGUUUUUGUAAAGGUGCCUGAUGAAACUGAGGUUGUGUACCGUGCCUCCCAAAAGUAUUCACACCCUUUACAUUUGUCACAUUUGCCACUUUACACCCAAAAUUCACAAUGUAUUUAUUUGAGGUUCUUUGCGAUGGACCAAAGCAACGUACUGCAUAACUGAAGUAGAAGUUAAAAGAUGAAUGAAAGGAAAAUCUUGGUUAUUUCUUCAUGAUGGUGUUUGUUCUCUUAACAGAUCACCAAGCCCUUCACAGAACAGCUGGGUUUGAGGUUACAUUCGACACAUGGUGCUCCACCAUGGCACAGUUGUUUGCACUUUUACUUUGCAGCAAGAAGAUCCUUGAGUUCAAGCCCAGACUGUAGUCUUUGUGUGUGAGGUUUGCAUGUUCUCCACCUUGCACGCAUGGGUUCUCUACGAGUACUCCAGCUACCUCCCAUAGUUUAAAAAUCUGACACCUUUAUAGGUGUCUCCAUAUUGUCUUUAGGAGUGAGUGUGUCCACGGUGUAUCCCGGGUUGCACCCAGUGAUCACUAGAAAUAGGAAGGGGUGAAAGUAGUUUUAAAUUGUUGCCGGUACUUAGGGGCGGAGCUAGAGGGGGGCAUAUAUGCAUGCAUAUAUAUAUAUAUUAUAUAUAUAUGCAUGCAUAUAUAUAUAUAUAUUAUAUAUGUAAUAUAAUAUAUAUAGUGUGUGUGUUGUAACUCAUCUGUGGCCCCCUUGAGAUCUCUUUUAAAAAUUAAUAGAUUUUAAAAAAAUGUUUUAUUUCUCAGCGAUGCCCUUUAUUUUUCCACAUCAACUUUAGUUUCAGUCCAACUCAUUGAGUUACUGAGAGCACUGGGGAGUAAAAACACAAAGCCUGUUAUUGGCUAUAUCUCAGCAAAGUCCAAACUCAAACUAAUUAAAACGUAUCAAUAUUUUACUUUACUGUAGGCUGUCUGUAUAAGGCAGAAAUUAGAGUCACUUGACAAUGUAGAAUAUAUAUAUAUAUAUAUAUAUAUAUAUAUUUCAAUUGUUAAAGAACUUACAUGUAUGAAAAAGUGAUAAACCACUUUCUGAUGCAUAACUUUUCAUCUUCAGUUUCCGUCUUUUCUUUUGAACAAAGAGGUUAUUAUUCUCUGCAUUGUGAUCAAGUUUUGAUUUCAUUUAAAUAAAAAAAUUGACAGUU